UCAUCGUGCUAAAACCUACGACUUCAUCAAGGAGAUAAAAUGCACCUCUCAGCUUUGAAAGACUCGGCACUUUUAUCACAUCGAUUAACUAAUGCCAGGAUGCAACUUUGUUUUUGGACAAGCCAUCAGGUGUAACAGACCCUUGUCACCUGCGUGCACACAAGAACAAUUUUGACCGUGAGAACAUUGCAAUUUGUGUUGUUCGGAUAUAUCUAUGCGGUUUUCAAGACUUUUUAUCAUCAUUAUUAUUAUUUUUUUUGCACCGACGUAUCCUCUCCCUGGGUUUGACAGCAACAUUCUCACUCGUGUUUUGGAGAUCUCGUUUAGGGUUAAACCAGUUGUGCACAGGUUGUACGUUUUGUACUUCCAGAUGUCAAUAUUACUCUGCUCUUAACAGGUGGAACUGCGUUCUCCUGGGCAGAAUAUAUUCCGACUGGCGAAGUGGCAUGGGUAACCAGGUUGACAGGUUGUCACAUCUAAGUUACGCAGAAGUUCCUACAACGGACCCGAAUGGACUAGACACAGAGGAAGAUGGUCCAAGAAUUGGGGUAUCAUAUAUAUUUUCAAACGAUGAUGACGAUUUGGACGAAAAUGUCGAUGGAACGGAAAAGGAUCCGAAUCAGGAAGAGAAACAUUAUGAUAAGCGCAACGAUGUUGAGUGCGCAAUCUACAAUAGAGACGAAUGUAUUUACGAAAGGACUAACAGCACUACCGACCUGGAGACAUUUUCCCCCGAGAAUCUACUAAACAAAUGCAAACCGGGAGACUUAGUGGAGUUCGUGGCAACCGGCCAGUAUCCCCACUGGGCCAUUUAUGUUGGAGACUUUCAAGUUGUUCACCUUCACAGAGCUGAGGUGAAGAACAAUUUUCUGACCGAUGUCAGUCAAGGAAGAAGAUGUAGGAUUGUAAGCGAGCUUUACAAAUUUAAACCACUUAGUCCUGAUAUGGUGGUGCAGAAUGCAAUGGAACAAGUGGGUGCCAAAGACAGAGAACUGUUAUGGAGAAAUUCCGAGUGCUUCGCAGCUUGGUGCAAAUUCGGCAAACGUGAAUUCAAGAUGGGAGGAGAGAUUCGAAUCGGAAAGCAACCUUACAGGUUAAAAAUAUUCUUGCCGGAGAAACAGUCUCACGUGCUUGAAUUUCAGAGUUUGGAAGACUUGAUAAUGGAAAAGAGAAGAAAUGAUCAGAUUGGCAAAGUGGCUGUCAUCCGGGAACUGGCAAAUCAUUUCAAUUGUGUCGGAGGAAUGAGCAACGAGAAAAACUCCUCCUAAUCGAAUAGGCAACAGGUUGUCUACGCCUGUGGAGAUAGCCGUUUUGGACAUCGUAAUGAGUUUUUAAUGAAUCAGUGGAUGAAUGAAGGACCGUCCCUUUUGCUCUUACUCGAUAAAAAAAAUCUGAAUGGCUCCUGUCAAAUUCAGUUUUAAUCUGGUGAAUCAUAUGCAAAGUUGUAGCUUGUGUAUUUAAUAUAAUUGAAUCUCAUGUUAACUAACAGAAGCAGCCACCUAGCAACAUUUUACAGUGUUUGACAACAUCAUUGAGUGCGUAGUAGCUUAAAUCGCACAAAUCACCAGUUGUUGAAAAUGUGAA